AGUUAAAAAGUCACACAACCCCCCUCGUUCACCGCUGGCUUCCGAACCACCACCCCCCGGGUUCCGCGUAGAAUAGUUUUUCUGAGCUCGCUUCCGAAACUGGAGAAACGGAAGUGUAAACCGGGGAACGCGUGCGUUUGUCUUUUUCUCGACGUGAAUCCUUCUCGUCCUUCCGCCCUCCAGCCCACAGUCUCCCGUCUGUCUGCUGCCUUCUCUCGUCUCGCCUGCGCAAAUGCGUCUACUGCAGGCACAUUCGCCUGCAGCCUGUUGUUUUGCUCCAGAGUUGUCUUUUGAAAUUCAAGUUCGGAAAACAGGUAGAGGUCACUAAAAAGUCGGAGGCGACCGCCCUCGUCUCCCCGCGAACUCUGCACUCGCCCUUCCAUAUUGCGCAGGCGACGAAACGAACUAUGAGAUACACUUAUUAUGAGUCCUCUUCACGCACGCAUACACUGUGAGUUUCUCGAGUACAAUCCUUUCUGUUCACCCUCCCUUCGGCGUUUGUCCUGCCAGUUGAAUCCAGGGCUCCAAAGGCACUGGUCAAGCUCACUAGCCGCCUCUCUGCCGAAACAAUUUGUGUUUUCACGUGAGGGGCAAAGAAUUCAAAAUACCGUGCUCUCUAGUGUUCGAGCAGCCGUCACCGUUUCCCGCCAAGAAAAACUGGAGACCUAUUUUUCAGGAAAAAGUGCGCCUGUCGGACAGGCGUCAACGCGCCGUCUUGCCCAUCGUCUCGUGACUAACUUCCGCUGUCACUGAACUUCCUGAGAAUGUGCUUUACUGUCUUCAGAGAACCGUCGUGUUUUCACCCACCGUCUUCUCCUAAACUCUGUCAGUCGUUCUCAAGAGUUUUCCACUGUCUACCCCAACUCGGUUUCCUUCUUUCUUCAUCGCAAACAGAGAGGCAAGAGAAUCGAGACUUCGUUCCUGGUUGCUUACUUAGAGAUCGAAGGAUCCGCACCAGAGGGGGCUGUCUCGACCCUCACGUUUGAAGAUAAUUGCUUUCUCUAAAAUUCCCGGAUAAACGAUAUGUCAAGAGACGUUAGAGGGCAGUGCAGACCGAAUUGUGUCUUUCGAGUCUCGCGUCCGAUUUCAUACUUUGGUUCGUCUCUCUCAAUUAGAGAGUCGGUGCCGCAGAGCCUCUCGGGGCCUAGACGCCAGCAGGGGAGCUAGAAAGCUGACUUGUCUUUCAGCGGAAAGCCGCAACAAGAGACACACAUGCUCGCUGUGAGUCGAUCCAACUCCACCUGCCGACGUUCCUUCGCCCUGCGAGACCAUUUGAAACGGAUGAAGAACUAGCUGUGCGGACCUUGCGCGAGGAGACGGUAAAGACCGUUUUCCUGCGCGGGUUGCGGAAACCAGGCGUUGGGCGGCGAUGCAGGUUGCGGCGUACGUACACCCGAGUAGCCCCGGCGUCGUUCGCGCACCGACCUGUCGCAGAGGGGCGCGCAUGCGGACUUUCAGGCGCUCCCUUGCUCUUUCCUUCGGUUGCUCGCCAUGAAACGCAGCACGAGUGGGGAGGAUCCUCUCGCCUUUUUGGCGGGGCGGAAAAAGCGGAACCAGAACCAGUCUUCUUCCCUCUUCUUUCAGGACAGCCGACGCGGGAGUGUCUCUUCGCAGCGAGCUACAGGCGGAGCGUUCCAGCCGACCCCCCGAAGCUCGCAUGACCGCGGCUUUUCUCGUCAUACCGCUGGCUCUAGAAGCGACACACCGCGCGCCUCUUCCUCGCAGCCAGAUUCUUCUCAGUCUUCUCAGUCUUCUUCGUCGCAAUCACAGUCUAGUCACCGGCGGGGCAGCGUGAGCCGGUCCGCCGGCCGCCCCGGCGCCGGCGCGUCCUUUGGACUCCAGCGGCGGCGCCGACGUCCGAGCGAGGACGGAGACAGUGCGCCGAGCAGCCAAAGCUCCAGCGGGGCCUCGCACUUGCCCUCUUCCCUCUCGGGGCUGGGAGGCUCUGCCUUCUCUCAGUCUUCGGGUGUGCACUCCGACGCUGCGACUCCGCAGCGCGGACGCGAGGAGACAGACAGGAGCAGUCGGGCGCGGCACGAGUUUAGGUCCGUUGCGAGCAGUGGGAGCGUGAGAGGAGACAGGGACGGAACUGUCUCCUCCCACGACAAAGCCAGGGGUGGAAGAGACACUCCCCCCGCAACGCCUGUAGACGUCGUUCUCGAGGAGGCGCGCGCACCGGAACGAUCGAUAGACGACUGCUUUCCUGUCCUCGUCGAGCUGCCUGCAAGAGGGGCUGCUCAUCUUUGCAAUCUCGGCUUCCACUUGCUCGCUGAUGACCAGCUUCAACGCCAUCUCGACUCAGUCCUGGAAUGGGAGCUGGAGCAGUCGCAGCGAGUGCCGACCGGCGUGACGAAUGGAAUCCACCAGGCUUCCUUCGAUCGUCUUCGAGGUGUGCUGCGCCUCCUCUGUUCCUACGAGGGCAGCUCGUACAAGUCUCCGCUUCCCCUCUCUCAGGAGGAGGACCGCGACAACAGAGAGGGCUGCGGCUUCCUCGUGCUCCCGCGGAAAAACGGAGGCGAACGCGCGGUCUUCGUCGGCCACCAGGAACUGCGUGGCGCCACUCUCGUUCGAAAGGAGACGGCCGCUGGCCUCAUCGAGAAAAUUAUUCAAGGUGGACGUUUCGGCGACCGCUCCCAAGAGUCUUCCCUUGACCUCGAAGUCUGGCCGCUGAGAAGGUCCACGGAGUUCUUGGCGAGACGACGGAGCGCGUUCGGCAGCGCCUUGGAUUCUCUGCUCAUGUUUAGGGCGUCUUCGCUCUGCGUCAUUCCUUGUCAGUUGAUUAUGCCGCUUCCUUCCCUCGACUUGCAAGCAGUAGAGGGCUUUGAGUUGGAGGAAGUGGCGCCCGGCCAACUUCUUCUCCUCCCUGCUUGGUGCGCGCAAGUGCUCUACCGCCGCAGACUCGCCGAUGUGUAUCUUCCGAGAUUCUUGACUGCUGAGCAACUGAAACAAACGCUUUCCCGGGAGGAAAAAAUGAAGGAAGAGCUGUCUGACCUGCCCGAGAGUUUCUUCGACAUCGCCAACUUGAUUCUUUUCAACCCUCUGCUUCAACCCCGGGGCGCAGAGUUCGACGGCGAAAAGGAGAGAGGCUUGGUGUUGCAAAUUUGGGAUCGCCGCCAAACCAAAAUUUCUCAAAUCAUCUCCCGACACCGAGCGAGCGACGACAGAAUCGCCGUCACCAACAUACAACCCUCAGAAACGUUCCUUCUGUCCCACGUCCGCUUCGAAGCCGAAGACGAAGUCUUAGGUGCCUAAGAAGCCAAACAGUUUUCCACGUCUGUUGAUACAGUGCGGGGAUGCAAGACGCAUCUGCCGCUUUCGCUGGGUCGUCAGCCCUAAAGUCUUGCUUUGAAACCCCCAUUCUUUGCACUUGAGAACCUUUGUGAAAACCGGCGCUACAGCUCCUUCGGUGCUCGUCGCUCUGCUGGUCUACCUAGUGUCACAGCUUGUUUCAGUUCGAUAGGAUUUGAAGCAGUGUCUUACUGCUCUGGUCUUUGAGGGGGGACCGUUCUGCUCAGCCAUCAAUUUCUCCGUCUUCUCGCGCUUGUGGGGACGUUCUAGCUUUUUCGGCUUCGUGUGUCGUCACAAGGCAAGGCUCUAUUUGCACAAUGAAGUUCGUCGGGAAAACGGGAAAAAUCGACAUGCAGAUGAAAAGCUC